AUGAUUCAAGCUUUAAUCAAACAGAAGUUAGAUUCGAAACAAUUACUAUAUGAACCAUGUGCCAUCAUUAUUGGAAAAAGUGGAGCAGGAAAAACGACUUUAGUUAAGAAGCUUUGUAAUGAGAAUCAUGAAUCGAACACCGGUAACUCCAAUAAACAACAAGAAUACGGUCGUUGCCAUGUUGAUUGCUACGAACAUGGAUUCACUAUAGUCGAUACACCUGCUACUGAUUGUUCCAAGGAAGUAUAUAAACAUGCAGACUUAUUCAAAGAAAGUUUAACAAAAGAAAAGCUGAAUACUAUCUUCUUCAUUAUAAAGUAUGAUGGUCGCUUUGAAAAAAUGAUCGAAAAUUAUUUUCAACUUGAAUCACUGGUCUCAAAAUACGCUUCGAAAAUUGUUGUAAUUAUUUCAUACUGGGAUCAAUCAAAAGAUCCUGAAAACGAAUUCAAUGAAAUGUGUGAAUUAUUUGCAGAAGAAUGUCCCAAUAUGAGUAAUUUAAUAGUCUAUUCUGAGCAGUCUUCAGGUGCUGAUGUGGCCAAUCUCAUGUAUAACUGUAUAUCCAACAUGGAUGAAGAAGUAUUGGUAAUAACCGAUGAAGAAUUUACCUUAAACUUCAAUCUAUAUGAAAUUGAACGUUCAAUAAACAAGUUAUUCGAUCAAUACCAAAAACAAGUCAAUUUAAUUGUACAGAAAAAUAUAGAAUCAAUUGAAGAAAAAUCUGAUCUUUUUCGUACGAUUAUUGAUAAAUUUAAAGUUGAGAUUGAGGAACUAAUGGAACAUUAUAGUGAAGCAAAUGUUAAUGGAAUGCAUCCAUUAGAUUGUGAUAAAUUGUUGGCUAAAAUGAAAAACGAAAAUGCUACAAUUCACAAAGAGUUUGCUGUCAAGGUUAGAGCGCUGAUGUCCUCUAAUUUAUUUAAUGACGAAAGAAGUGUUGCUGAAACAAAAAACAUGGUUGCGAGUGUCAAUAGCUCUGAUAUGAAGAAAGAUGAUCAACAAGAGAUCAACCAAAACUGUAAUAAUAAAAAUACAGAACAAAAUGAUGAAGAAAAGAAUUUGGAAAGUAGCAAUCUCCCAACAGUUGAACAAACGAAUUGGAGAUGCCCCUGUUCUCUUUUUCAGUGA